UCUGUGCGGUCAGCCGGCGAGUUCCUCUGUUCCGCUCAGCUGCGGCGUGUUCCCCCAGAGUCCCGGGAGCGCGCGCUGGGCUUGCAUGCCUGUGUGCUCGUUCGCGGUCUGGACUCUAGUUGUGCCGGACUGAGUAUCUGCUGGCACACGUGCAAGAACGCAGAGCGGCGUCCUUCCCUGUGUGUUUGGCCUGGCAGGGUACCGGGUGAAACAAAGAGUCAACAUCAGGAAGAAAAUACCGGUACUCCUCUCAUCUCAUGACUCAACAUCUCUUGCCAGGAACUAAAAUGAACUAGUUUGAAGGAAGCUAUCUUUGGAUUCCUCAUUGUGGUCAUCCAUCCAUCAUUAAUUCAGAGACAGUGAAGAAAAUGAUUCACCUGGCCAGCAGGAGGUAGCAAUGACUUGCUAACAGGAUGCUUUGAUCUGGGGCAGAAUUCCAAGGAAACAGAAAGUGGAUUAUUACCCAGUUACCUGUAUUUUCAGAGUCCUUCAAUGAAAUCUCAGCAAAGCAGAGAACUGGCUAACAGUGAACCAACAGAACUGUUAGGUCAGAUGACAGCAAGCUUAAGUACCAUGCAAACUACUGACCAAACUUUGCAUCUAAAGAAUAUUACUGUAUCUUCAUCGUCAAGUUCUAUUGAAAAGCAAGGAGAAGUUGCAUCUGAGUUUGUGAAUCCCUUUCAUGUCACAGAAGACCUAAAUAAGAAACAGGAGGUUGCAUUCCUCUUAAAGGAGUUGGACAUUCUAAAAGCAAACAAUAAAAAGCUUCAAGAGAAGCUGUCUGAAAAGGAUAAGGAGCUGAAGACUAUAAAGCUGGACUUAGAACUGCAUGGCAGAGCUGCAGAAGCCAAGAUUGCAGAGAGAGCUGCAGCUCUGGUGGAAGAAAUUCAUUCUGCUCAACAGGAACGUGAUGAGGCAAUAAUGGCAAGAUUGAAGUUGGCUAAUGAAGAAAGAGAUGAAGCAUAUAAACAAAUGAAACUACCGGAGCAAUCUUUUGAGCUGCUAGAAAAUAUUAACCCUGAAGAAAAUGACAUGACAUUACAGGAAUUACUGAACAGAAUAAACAAUGCAGACACUGGGAUGGCUAUACGAAGGACUGGAGCUGUAAUUGUCGAACGAAUAUACAGGACUCAGGAACGCAAAAAGAAAAUAAUGGCUGAAGAAAUGAAUGCAGUCAUAGAAGAACGAGAUGCUGCUUUGGCGCAAUGCAAACGGCUGGAGCAGGAGCUUCAUCAUAUGAAAGAGCAGAACCAGACUUCUGCAAACAACACGAGACAUCUGACUGCUGAAAACAAUCAAGAACGUGCUCUGAAGGGAAAAUUGCUGGCUAUGCAAAAAGAAAGAGAGGCUGCUGUUCAUCAAUACCAAAAGCUAGAAGAAGAACUCCAGACCCUUCGUGUUUAUUACAGCCUACACCAAUCUUUGUCUCAAGAAGUGAAUCUUAAAGAUCAGUUCAAUUCCGCUCUGAUGACAUAUGAAAAAGCUCUAAAAAACAGAGAGGAGAUUGUCUCUACGCUGCUGCUUCAGAAUGAGGAGUUAGCAACCCAGCUUCAGCAAACGGCAGAGGGGAGAGCAAACAUGGAAUUAAAGUUUCAGCAUGCUUCAGAGGCAUCACAAGAGGCCAGCAAAAAAAUUCAGAAGUUGCAAAGGCUGGUGGACGUCCUGAGGAAAAAGAUUGGAGCGGGGACCAUUAGGACUGUGAUCUGAUUGAAAACUCCAGUCUGGGGAAGCAUUCACAUCUGGUGACCAGGCUGCUUCAUUCAGCGCUGUGUAAACACUAAAGCCUUAACUUAGCAAACAGUUGUUAGAAGUGGGACACUCCAACGACAUUCCAAGCUGAGAUAAAAAUCAAAUCAUAAAUGUUUAACCACUUGGCUGCUGAGUUUGGUGAUUCGUCCAGCAGUAUCCUUAUGAACGUGUAUUUACUUUGUAGCAGAUCUAUUUUGGUAUAGUUAGCAAGCCUUUUGAAAAGGCUGUAUGUGCAUAUAAUUCUGCACAAUUGUUUCUCUGCUGAAUCUGUAGUCUACUAGAAAGCACAGUCAGUCUUUGUGGCUAUAUAGUGUACAAAAUCUUGCAGAAUGUGAGGCUGAAUAGAAAUAUUUACUUUAGUCAGUGCUGCUGGAAUUCAACACAUGCAACUGAUAAGGAAAGUCCUGAAUCAGAAAUUAGCUGUACCUAAUAUGUGAAUGUCAUGUUUUCUUUUCAAGCACACUCAUUUUCUGUCAGCACUGCAUUGGUAGUAGAAAUUGUGUCAUACAAUCAUACUGAAAAGGAGGCACACAUGUUGCUUUCAAAUGAAUGUAAGCAGUAGACCUAAUGGUUCAAGUAACAGGAGGCAUUUCCAGUCAAAUUAAUAAAUUAGUUCUUAAUUAGAA